AUGUUGACUUUAGUUAGACCGACUUGCAGAUUUGUUGCAGUGAAAUGGCAGCCUAUUCGUUCAGUCUUUCUGCAUGACAAACGAGUUGAUUCAAGACUAGUUCCUGUCAUCAGCAGCAGUUCAGACACUGAGUUGAGAUGGAAGAAUUCACCUUCUUUUCAUCCUUCUUAUUACAAGGAUUUAACAAAGGCCAAACUGUCUGCAUUUGUUGGACUGACUACUAUGGCUGGAUAUGCUAUGGCUCCAGGAAUAUUAAGUGUUUCAACUCUCUUAUGGACUACUUUUGGAACUGGACUCUGCAUUGCUUCUGCUAAUGCCAUCAAUCAAUGGAUCGAAGCUCCAUACGAUGCACAAAUGUCUCGAACUCGCAACAGAGUCCUUGUUAGACAAGCCAUGUCUCCAUCUCAUGCAUUCAUGGCUGGAACAACUUCCGGUAUCUUGGGUGUUACUGUUCUUGCUACGUUGGUCAAUCCUAUUACUGCUGUAUUGGGUGCUACCAAUAUCCUUAUCUACACAUGCAUUUACACACCAAUGAAACGCACUUCAAUCGCAAACACUUGGGCUGGUAGUAUUGUGGGUGCGAUCCCACCUUUGAUGGGUUGGGCUGCAUCUACAGGUGGAAUAGAGUCUGGUGCUUUGGUUCUGGCUGCCCUGAUGUAUGCUUGGCAGUUUCCUCAUUUUAAUUCGCUUUCUUGGAAUCUGCGUCCGGAUUACUCUAAAGCUGGAUAUCGUAUGAUGUGUGUAACUGAUCCUGGACUUAAUGCUAGAGUAUCGCUGCGCUAUUCUAUCAUGUUGUUUCCCAUUGCAUAUUCUGCCUAUUAUGUUGGUCUAGUUUCCUGGUGGUUUAUAUUAGAUUCGUCACUUGUAAAUGGAUACAUGGCUUGGUAUGCAUAUCAGUUCUGGAAAGAUCCAAAUAACAAGAAUGCUCGUGCAUUGUUCUUCUCAAGUCUAGUACAUCUGCCUGUGUUCUUGGCUCUGUUGAUGGUUCAUAAACAGUUUUAUGAGGAUGAAACAUCACCAGUGUUGGAAGAGAGUGUUGCUGUUUAA